AUGCAAAACUUGUGGCUCAAGUACGGCCGAGCGGACGAGAAGCCCUAUUCUCCGCGCCCUAUGGUCCAUAAUGCAGGGCUAGAUGUGAUCCAAUGCCAGCAUAGUUGGUCAUCUUUGAACUUGCUUCACUUGGCAGAGCCAGCCGCGGUCUUCGCGUGGGAUAUAUCGUUCCAAUGCGAGACGGCGAACAAAAACAGAAUCGCUGUUGGAUAUCCGGAAUUUCCCGAGUCAAAAGUUGAAGGCCUCAACACGAUGCCUUGGAAGUCAAUUAUUGAGCACUCUCAGGAGAUCGCGAGAUUUGCAGAGGACGUAAUUCCGUAUUUGCCGGAGGAGUCUGAGGAUGCACUGGAUGGGGUUGAAAGUGAUGAAGACGGCUUUUGGGAGAAUAUUUGGGCAUGA